AUUUAGCCCCUGUUUCCUGCUUGCUGUUAACAACCGAAGCAAUGGCAGGCGUGAUAGCUUCCCUCUUUUAUGGAGUUAUUGCUUCCUGCAUGAGUUUGGUGGUGCUUGCCUUUGUAGAGGACCUCGACGACACAUUCAAAGACACCAGAGUGAAUGACGUCUGGCUCGUCGAUUUCUACGCGCCAUGGUGCGGACACUGUAAAAAGCUGGAACCGGUGUGGCAUGAUGUAGGUGCUGAGCUGAAGCUGUCCGGGUCCCCGGUUCGCGUUGGCAAGAUGGACGCCACAGCGUACUCGGGAAUGGCGUCAGAAUUUGGUGUGCGCGGAUACCCAACGAUAAAACUGUUGAAGGGGGAUCUGGCCUAUAACUACAAGGGGCCAAGAACUAAAGACGACAUUGUCGAAUUUACCAAUAGGGUGGCAGGGCCAGCCGUCCGAGGCCUCCCCAGCAACGAAAUGUUCGAACACAUUUUGAAGCGACACGCCGUUCUCUUUGUGUAUGUCGGCAGCGAGUCGCCCCUCAAAGAGAAGUACAACGACGUUGCCGCCGAGCUCAUCGUCUACACGUAUUUCUUCUCCGCGUCAGAGAACGUGCUGCCAGAGUCUGUAACCUUGCCGGAGCUGCCUGCGGUUAUCGUGUUCAAAGAUGACGCCUAUUUCACCUACGAUGAGUACGCGGACGGUAGCCUGAGCAGCUGGGUCAACAGGGAGCGCUUCCAAGGUUACCUGCAGAUCGACGGCUUCACGCUGUACGAACUCGGGGAAACAGGCAAACUGGUGGCGAUCGCAAUCAUCGAUGAGAAGGACCCCACAGAGAAGAGUGGCAGAUUAAAAGCGUUGAUUCAGACUGUUGCCAAGGAAUACAGAGAGCACUUUAGCAGAGACUUCCAGUUUGGCCACAUGGACGGGAACGACUACAUCAACAGCCUCAUCAUGGGCGAGGUGGCAGUGCCCUCUAUUAUCAUCCUCAACACAGCCAACGAGCAGUACUUCCUCCCGAGCCAGCCGACCGAGACCGUGGAGCAGGUGGUCCAGUUCAUCAGCGGUGUUCUGAACGGUUCCGUGCCGGCACUCGGAGGUGACGGCUUCAUCCAGAGAGUCAAACGGGUGGUGUUUGAUGCCAGAUCCACCAUUAUGUCGGUGUUUCGCAUCUCACCUUUGUUGGGCUGCUUCCUGUUUGGCCUGCCACUUGGCGUUAUCAGCCUCAUGUGCUACGGCAUCUGCACAGCAGAGACGGACGACGGCUCUGAUGACGUCGACGCCAUCAGGCGGGAGGGUUUGACUGACGAGGAGGAGGAGGAUGAAGGAGAAGGUGAGGAGGUAGGAGAAGGAGAGGAGGAAGGAGAGAAAGAAGGAGAGGACGAAGAAGAAGAGGAGGACGAGGAGGAGCAGGAGAAGGAGGAAGAGGAGGAGGAGGAGGAAGAGGAAGAAGAAGCGGAGGAAGAGAGAGACGAAGAACCCGAGGAUGAGGUAGUGGUAGAGAAGGAUCCAGAAGAGAAGAAAACGGAUUAACACAGGGCUGGAUGAUGGAUAGGUGGACGAAGGGAUAUGACGUAGAACUCAAAGACGCAUCUUGCUGCUGAUCUUUGCUUUUCCAUCUCUCAAUAUCUUUCCACAGACUUUCAUCCCGAAGCAUAUCUCUUUGUGACGCCCCGUUUUUUACCCCCUCCCCGCCUAGAUUCCAGUAGAACACAAACAGGGUGAACGUUGCCUUCAAAUGUCCAUCGAGCAGCCCAACGCUCAAGAAGUGCCCAGGACGGAAACGCUGCCAUAAAUUGCAGAAUUUGCGCUUUUAGUUUUAUUUUCAUAGUAGCUGAAAGGCGACAUUUGCACAGCCUGUUACAUUCAGAUGAGUCUUUCGUUGGACAAAUAAGGAGUUAAUGGAUGUGUACCAAAACAUUCCAGUUUACGACUCCACAAUGGUAAAAAGUAUUGGGACAUGACGUCAUUGACAACAACACAGAUGAGUGUCCCAAUACUUUUAGUCCAUAUAGCAUACGUGUAUCAAAAGUAUUGGGACAUCCCAUUAUUGACGGAUACAGACAAGUGUCCCAAGACAUUUGUUAUGUCAACUACGUUGUGGUGAAAAGUAUUUAGGACAACACUUAACUCAGCAGCGGCCAGUGACGCUAAUAGACGUCCAACCCAUUUGGUCUGGGAGGGGCUGGCAGCGAUCGUUCAAGCCAUUCUAAAUGAAUUGGACAUGUAUUGCCGUCAAUGGCACUGGAAUAUGAUUAUUCAACGCCAACAAUGCCAGGGAAAUGGUGUCAGUGGCAAUGAAUAUGACCGGUAUCCCAAUACUGUUUUUCAGCAUGCACCCAAGUCAAAAGUAUUGGGACACCCCAUUAUUAACUGAUACAGAUGUGUGUCCCAAGACUAUUUUGUCCAUAUGGUGUAUAUGUGUCAAAAGUGUUGGUACGCCUCGUUAUUGACUGAUGCAUACACGCGAGUCUCGAAAUCUUUCCAUGUAACGUGUAAAGCGUGCGUCUUCACAAUGUUUUGUUUUUUUCUCCAUGCGAGACAAAUGUUUCAUGUGUUUUAUUUUUCUUACUGUACAUAUAAAAAUCAUAACAUUUGGAGAUGCAUGCUUUUACUGACUAUUUGGAAGCCAUUUUAGGAGGGAAUAUAGCUUUUUUUUUUUUUUUUUUACAUAUAUAAUCGUUUUCGCAUUCACUGGUUCCGUUAAAAACACUUCGUCUUGGUGUAUGAUGACAAAGGAGCACAAAUAUCAGUUUAAAAAAAAAGCAUCUAUUCCCAUUGUAACUACCAAAGUGGGACUAUUUUCAAUUAUUUCGAAUGUUUAAUGCCGCGUAUACGUUUCGGUACCCUCGCUUUUCCCUUUGGCCUUUGUAGUUCUCUUCACAUUGGACUGAAAUAAAGAAUUCCCCUUUU